ACAUGCGGGAUACCUUAUAUCCCUAACUUCUCCUGCGCGUCGCACGGGAUACCUCCGCUUGGAGACCUGAGACCUCCAGUCCUGCGCGCCGAUCCUUGGAGACCUGCACGCCACCACUGAUUGGAGACCUCCGCUUCUCCUGCGCGCCGCCAGCCGUCGCCGAUCCGUGGCCAUCAGGUCGUCCGCCGCCUCCAGUUCUGUGGUCGUGUUUUCUGCCAUCAGCCAGCCCGUCUGCCGUCGUGAGAUUCCAUGGCCGGCGGCGAGUUCUGUAAUUCUGUGGCUGCCUGACUCUCUGACUGGUACUUGUCCCAUUCUCUGUUCUUGUUAGAUCUCAUGGCAACGAGUGCAUCUACUGAUGCUAGCAGCAGCGAAGGAAGUUUUCCAGUCGCAAAUAACACUGCCAUCGCAAAACAAGUCUUGGCUGCUGCUUGUAUGGUGAUGAUGAGAAAAAACCAUUGUGGAGGUAUGCCGAGAUACUUGAAAGAACUGGAAAGGGUUUGGGAGGGCAACACGAGGAUUAGGUGUAGACUCUGUAACCAUGUUUAUAAUGGAAGAUAUUCUAGAGUUAAAGCACAUAUGUUGAAAAUUCCUGGUUUUGGGUGAAGUUUUGUCGAGUGGUGACAGUACAUGUUCUUGAACAAUUGAAAGCUGAAGUUGCUGCAGCCAGUGUUGUUGCUGAUAGAACCAUGCCUAGAGAUACCCGACUUCCAGUUGAGGGCAAUGAGAAGAGGAAAAGGAGGGGUGUUUCAGCUAUUGAAUCUAGCUUCAAUUUGGGUGUUCGAAGACAUCUUGAUGAACUAAUAGCUAGAAUGUUUUACACUGGUAGUCUGCCUUUUAAUCUUGCACGUAACCCAUAUUUUAGAAAGGCUUUCAUGUUUGCUACCAAUAACCCAAUUGGAGGUUAUGUCCCUCCAAGCUACAACAAGUUGAGAACAGCUCUUCUUGUGCAAGAGAGGACACAUGUGGAGAGAAUGUUGUAGCCCGUGAAGGAAACUUGGAGCUCUAAAGGUGUGAGUAUUGUUUCAGAUGGAUGGUCAGAUGCUCAAAGACGCCCACUCUUGAAUUUCUUGGUUGUUACAGAAGAUGGUCCAAUGUUUCUUAGAGCGAUCAACACUGAAGGAAUAUCCAAGACCAAGGAGUAUAUUGCAGAGAAGAUGUUAGCAGUAAUUGAUGAGGUUGGGGCACAAAAUGUUGUGCAAGUGAUCACUGACAACGCUGCCAAUUGCAGAGCUGCUGGCAUCAUAGUUGAGCAGAAGCACCCUCAUAUUUUUUAGACCCCUUGUGUUGUGCAUACUUUGAAUCUUGCUUUGAAGAACAUAUGUGCUUCUAGGGAAAUUGAAAAUGUGCUUUAUACUGAAUUCCAGUGGAUUAGCGAAGUCAUUGGAGAUGCCAGCAUGAUUAAAAAUUUCAUCAUGAAUCACUCCAUGAGGUUGUCUAUGUUCAAUGAGCAAAGCAAUCUGAAAUUCCUUGCCAUUGCUGACACAAGAUUUUCCUCUGCUAUUGUGAUGUUGAAGAGAUUUAUUGCUAUAAAAGAUGCUCUUUCAGUGAUGGUUGUGAGUGAAAAGUGGAGUGCCUAUAGGGAAGAUAAUCCACGUCAGGCUCAAUUUGUAAAGAAGAUUGUGAAUGAUCUGUGGUGGGAUAAAGUGCGCUAUUUCCUUAGUUUCACUGAGCCUAUCUAUACAAUGAUACGAGCGACAGAUACUGACAAGCCAUGCCUCCAUUUGAUAUAUGAGAUGUGGGACACAAUGAUAGAGAAGGUGAAGAGUGUGAUCUAUCGUCAUGAAAUGAAAGAGACACAUGAAGAAUCUAUCUUUUACUCAGCUGUGCAUGACAUCUUGGUGAGUCGAUGGACAAAAAGCAACACGCCCUUGCACUGCUUGGCACACUUACUAAAUUCAAAGUAUUACACUGAUGCAUGGAUCAAUGAGGUCCUCAACCGACAGGCUCCUCAUAAUGAUGAGGAAAUUUCAGAGAUGAGAAAUACUUGUUUCAGGAGGUAUUUUUCUGGUGCAGAAUUAAAAAAGAUUAAGUUGCAGUAUGCUAAUUUCUCUUUGUUUGGACCUGGAUUCAAUUCAUUUGACUCACUUGAGGAUAGAAGUUAUAUGGAACCAAAAAUGUGGUGGGGAAUUCAUGGCCAUUCUGCUCCAGAAUUAAAGAAGUUGGCACUUAAAUUACUUGGACAGCCAGCAUCAUCUUCCUGUGCUGAAAGAAAUUGGAGUACAUAUGGGCUGAUCCAUAGUUCAUUGAGAAACAGGCUAAAUCCUGGGCGUGCUGAGGAUUUAGUUUUCACACACCAAAACUCGCGUCUUCUUUCUAGAAAAUCUGAUGAAUACCGUUGUGGUCCAUUAGCAAUGUGGGAUGUUGGAGCUGACACUUUCGAAGCUGAUUUUGAGGGUGGUGCUGAUUUUCUUGAGCAAGCUGAUCGAUACUGGAUGAGCCAUAACUUGAAGAAAGAUUGUUUGAAGAUCUUGAGGCAUUGGGUUUGACCGAAGAUGCAGAAUGGAAUCUAGUUGUUGUUUCAUGUCUGGUCUGUUAGAAUUAGAACUUAGAACUUGUGUGGUGAACUAGUGAUUAUUUGCGAGUCUGCUGGUAUAGCGUAUCGUUACACAUGUUUUUGGCAUGCUGGAUUCAUUGAUUUGAGUCUAGAUAAAUUCUGGAAGAGGAAGUAGAUGAUUACUUUAGUCAAAGUUGUUGAACAUUAACUUCUAAUGCCCUUAAACUGAACUGAUCGGCGGUGGUCUAUUUCAGACAUUUCAACAUUUAAUUUUAUUUAUAAUAUAUAUUGUGUA